UUUCAGUGUGAGGUUCACUCAGUCAGCAGCCAGACGCCAUGGAGGCCACAGCGCUCUGCAUCACACUGUGGAUGAUGGUGUUUCUGCAGCUCUGUGAACAGAAAGUUGUUUCAGAUGCAGAUGUUUGGAUCGAACCAUCCAGACUUCAAGUCUUUGAAUACGAGCCAUUCUCUUUAAGAUGUGUGGGCUUCGAUGGUUUGACUGAUGUGAACAUUUUACGGUGGAGCAAAGCAGGAAAGGAAACUUGUGAUGGCUCAAAAUGGGGCUCAUUGAAUGAGAAUAAAUGCAACAUUACAUCUCCUUAUAAAGAGGACAGUGGAGAUUACUGGUGUGAGGCUGGAGGGAAGAAAAGCAACUAUGUGAAUGUCAUUAUCACCGCUGGCUCUGUGAUCCUGGAGAGUCCUGUGCUUCCUGUGAUGGAGGCAGAAUCUGUGACUCUGAGCUGCAGAAACAAGACGACCACUUCCUCCAUCCUCUCAGCUGAUUUCUAUGAAGAUGGCCGCCUCAUCAGAAGCAGCUCUACAGGAAACAUCGCCAUCCAAAGAGUUUCUAAAUCUGAUGAAGGACUCUACAAAUGCAGCAUCUCUGACGAUGGAGAAUCACCAGAGAGCCGGAUGACUGUCAGAGCUGUUCCCUCCUCGGAUCACUCCCUUUACGUCCUCCUCGUCUUAAGGACUGUGUUCACCGUAGUGAUGGUGGCUCUGCUGCUGCUGCUGGUGGGACUGCUGCAUUGUGGGAAACUCAGGGUCACACAGAAAUAACUCAGGCAAAAAGAUCAGAGCUAGUUUGGUCAUCAAGAUAAUGAACACCACGAGCCGAGGACAUUAUCACUUUCUUCAGCGUUGUAUCUCUUCUUCUGCUCAGGUUGAGUGUGAGGUGUGUAACUUCUCUGUGCCACAUGAUGGUACGUGCAGCAGCUGGUAGACUUUCUCACACUGAAGACAAAGUUAAAAACCACAGAGAUACUGACUGACACAUGCAUUUAUUUUAAAAGGCGAGCUGAGGGUUUGUUGUUCUGAGUUUUAUUUUAGACUCCACAGAUACUUUCAGCUUCUCAGACACAACCCACAGAACAUAUUUUUAUUUAAAUGUAUGUGUAUAUGUAGGAGAGG